AUGGCGAUUUCCAGAAGCUCAUCAGCCGCGCGGCUGAGCAGGGCGGCGGCCGCCGCACUCAAGGGUUCCCCGGCCAGCACUCGACGAAUUCCUCGAAUCCCUGCACCUACCCCUGCCACGACCCGCUCAGCUUCCGCUGCUGCCGGCCCCGGGCUCUGGCCUCGGGCCGAAAAUACCGCUAAUGCGAGUGGAUUAUACUCCACCCAUUUAUUUUCUACAUCGUGCCUCAGUCGCAGCCUUUCGAAUUGGAGCCCUGGUUUCACUCGCUCUUACUCUGCAGCUGCUGCUUCAGGACAGCUCAGUGGCUCGGAUUUUACCGAGAUGGCAUGGGAUGGAGUUGUUGGAGCUGUGGAUGCAGCUAGGGACUGCAAACAACAAAUUGUGGAAACCGAGCAUCUAAUGAAAGCUCUAUUGGAACAAAAGGAUGGGCUGGCAAGGCGAAUAUUUACCAAGGCUGGUAUCGACAACACAACACUUUUGCAGUCGACUGACAGCUUUAUAUCUCAGCAACCAAAGGUUUCAGGGGACACUAGUGGACCUAUCGUGGGCUCCAAUUUCGGUACUCUGUUGGACAAUGCAAGAAAGUUUAAAAAGGAUAUGGGUGAUAAGUUUGUUUCCGUUGAGCAUCUGGUAUUGGCUUUUCCUUCUGAUAGGAGAUUUGGGCAACAACUGUUCAAAAACCUUCAACUGAGUGAGAAGGAUUUGAAGGAGGCCGUUCAAGCUGUUCGCGGUAGUCAAAGAGUUACUGACCAAAAUCCAGAAGGCAAAUAUGAGGCACUUGACAAGUAUGGGAAUGACUUAACUGAACUUGCCAGACGUGGAAAACUUGACCCAGUUAUAGGACGUGACGAUGAAAUACGACGAUGCAUUCAAAUUUUAUCACGCAGGACAAAGAACAACCCUGUUAUAAUUGGGGAACCUGGAGUAGGAAAAACUGCAAUUGCUGAAGGGUUAGCUCAAAGGAUUGUUCGUGGGGAUGUCCCAGAACCAUUGCUCAAUCGAAAGUUAAUCUCUCUGGACAUGGGUUCAUUGCUUGCUGGUGCAAAAUAUCGCGGAGAUUUUGAGGAAAGGUUGAAAGCUGUAUUGAAGGAGGUUACUGCAUCCAAUGGGCAGAUCAUAUUGUUUAUUGAUGAGAUUCACACCGUAGUUGGUGCAGGGGCCACUGGAGGUGCCAUGGAUGCUGGAAACUUAUUAAAACCCAUGCUUGGCCGAGGAGAACUGAGAUGCAUUGGGGCCACCACGCUGAACGAGUACAGAAAAUACAUAGAAAAAGAUCCCGCUCUUGAACGUAGGUUUCAACAAGUAUUUUGUGGUCAGCCGUCUGUAGAAGACACAAUAUCUAUCCUGCGUGGACUUCGUGAACGUUAUGAAUUGCACCAUGGUGUGAAAAUAUCAGACAAUGCUCUUGUUUCAGCCGCAAUUCUUUCAGAUAGAUACAUCACAGAGCGGUUUCUGCCAGACAAAGCCAUUGACCUUGUCGAUGAAGCUGCUGCGAAACUUAAAAUGGAGAUAACAUCCAAGCCUACUGAACUGGACGAGAUAGAUCGGGCAGUGCUUAAGUUGGAGAUGGAAAAGCUCUCUUUGAAAAAUGACACAGCUGCAGCUUCCAAAGAGAGGCUGACCAAGCUGGAACACGAUUUAGGAGUUCUCAAACAAAAGCAAAGGGAUUUAAAUGAGCAGUGGGAGAAUGAGAAAGUUCUCAUGAAUCGGGUCAGGUCGAUUAAAGAAGAGAUUGACCGAGUCAACCUAGAGAUGGAAGCCGCUGAACGGGAGUACAACCUCAGCCGAGCAGCUGAACUCAAGUACGGCACACUGAUUGCACUCCAGCGCCAGCUGGAAGAAGCUGAGAAGAGCCUCUCCGACUACCAGAAAUCCGGCAAGUCAUUACUUCGUGAGGAAGUCACAGAUCUCGAUAUCGCCGAAAUAGUAAGCCGGUGGACGGGUAUACCCCUCUCCAACCUCCAGCAAACCGAGCGGGACAAGCUCGUCCUCCUCGAGGGGGUCCUCCACAGGCGGGUCGUCGGCCAGGACGCGGCUGUCAAGUCCGUGGCCGACGCCAUCCGCCGCUCCCGGGCGGGCCUCUCCGACCCGAACCGGCCCAUCGCCAGCUUCAUGUUCAUGGGGCCCACAGGAGUCGGAAAAACCGAGCUGGCCAAGGCUCUUGCAGGCUACCUGUUCAACACCGAGAAUGCGCUCGUCAGAAUCGACAUGAGUGAGUACAUGGAAAAGCAUGCUGUGUCUCGACUAGUGGGGGCCCCACCGGGUUAUGUUGGGUAUGAGGAAGGUGGGCAGUUGACUGAGGUUGUCCGGCGCAGGCCAUACUCGGUUGUACUUUUUGACGAGAUCGAGAAAGCGCACCAUGAUGUUUUUAAUAUACUGUUGCAGCUGUUGGAUGAUGGGAGGAUUACAGAUUCUCAGGGGAGGACUGUGAGCUUUACGAACACGGUUCUGAUUAUGACGUCUAACAUUGGGUCGCAUUAUAUUCUGGAGACGCUUAGGAAUACGCAGGAUGGGAAGGACGCGGUUUACGAGGUGAUGAAGAGGCAGGUGGUUGAGCUGGCGAGAGAGACUUUCCGGCCGGAGUUUAUGAACAGGAUUGACGAGUACAUUGUUUUCCAGCCGCUCGAUUCUGAACAGAUCAGUAAAAUUGUCGAGAUUCAGUUGAAUCGCGUAAAAGACAGGCUUAAACAGAGGAACAUCAAUUUGCAUUUCACGGAGGAAGCCGUUAAGAUUCUGGGAGCUUUAGGUUUCGACCCCAAUUUUGGAGCAAGGCCCGUGAAAAGGGUGAUACAGCAGAUGGUCGAAAACGAGAUUGCAAUGGGGAUAUUAAGAGGGGAUAUUAAGGAAGAAGACACGAUUAUACUCGAUCAGAUACCAGGUGCCGAUGAUGCCCCAGCUCAAAAUAGGUUGUCCAUAAGGAAAGUGGAUGAUAGUACAGCCAUGGACACCAUGGUUGUAAAUGACUAG